AAUUCAAAAAGAGCCGUUCGCUCGUGAACGACCCAUCACUAUCCCCUACAUUCAUUAAACAAGUGGGCUGAAUUUGGACUGAAAUAACAGUUACUUAUAUCACUGAUAGCGGGUGUACGCAAACCGCUCUUCAAUGAAUUGCCUUUAAUCAGGGAUGGACUGGAUUUAAUCCGAUCGCGCAAUAGGUUACGAGAACGAUCCAGACACAAGAGGACGCCUCAUCCUCAUCCCAGACUGGAAACACCAAGGAUACACAGAGGAAGCUUUGAAGAGGGAGCUCUAAAUGAAGGAGGCUUUUUUCAAAGUUACUUAAAUCCUAAUCUGGAUUACCUCUGUCUUUGUGCUGUCCUCAUAAAGAAACCAUCAGAGCCAGUCAGAAUGGUGACGCAAGAUCUAGAACUUCCUUCUCACACCCACAGAGAAUGGUCUAUUACAUUGAAUUAAACCACAACACAAAGGGCCAUAACCAUCAUUUUACAGUGUAGAGCUACAACAAUCUAGAACACAGGUAGAACAAAGAAUUGUUCUAAUCUAUUCUCACAAGAUCUACAACCACCCGCUCAAAACACAAGUCCGAGCGACGGAGGCCCCGGUGAAGAGUACAUCAUACUGCGACCAACUUCUCUUGACUACUACCACUAGUUUGAUUCUGGUAGCCAGGUGUGGUUCUUAUUCCCGGGGUUGUCAUGGAAGCAGGCUCCACCCCUAGGAUCAAGGUGUAUAGUGCCUGGGAUCAGGUGGAGGAGACAGACCAGGUGGAGGAGGAGGAGAAGGUGGGUUCGGCUUCAGAAGACCAUAUGAUGAACCUCAAGACCCUGGCGCAGAAGCUGAGGCUGGAAACACAGAGGCUGUCCUACCUCGAGUGGAAGGCCAGUUUAGAGGCCCAUAGCACCAAAACCCUGAUUGUACCACAGCAGAGCACCAGGGACUUAGUGGAGCCAGAAGAGCAACGGGUAGUGCCCCAGAGUGAGAGCAGGUCAGACAGUGAGAGCACCAAACGUCUGGCUGAACCACAGCUACAGCAGGAGCUCCACGCAGAGCAACAAGAGGAGCAGGAGAAGGCCAAACGACAACCGGGGGAGCCCAGAGAGAGCCUCCUGACCUCAGGUUUGACCUGGCAGCACAGCCUGCCCUCUGGAGUGCCGAGGAGACUUAAGAACAUCGAUGAGGCUGUGGGGUGGCUCAGGAAAGAACUGAAUGAAAUGCCUCUCCAGGACCAGCAGUUGGCCCAUCAGCUGAUGCGUCUCCAUAGCGACAUCAACAAACUGAAGAUCGAGCAGACGUGUCACCAGCACCGCCGCAUGCUCAACGAUGCCACCUACGGGCUGGAGGAGAGAGAUGAGUUGAGCGACCUGCUCUUUGACUCCCCCGUCACCCCCGGGUUCGGACUCUCCACCCCGCUGAGACUCAUAGGGGUCACCAAGAUGAACAUAAACUCUCGACGCUUUUCCCUCUGCUAGCUAGCAAGAGAGAGAGAGAGGGAGAGAGAUGCUAGCCACAUCUCUGAUAGCAGGAGAGAGAGAGAGAGAGAGAUGCUAGCCACAUCUCUGAUAGCAGGAGAGAGAGAGAGAGAGAGAGAGAGAGAUGCUAGCCACAUCUCUGCUAGCUAGCAAGAGAGAGAGAGAGAGAGACAGAGACAGAGACAGAGAGACAGAGAGAGGAGAGAGGAGAGAGAGAGAUAGAGACAGAUAGAGAGAGAGAGAGAGAGAGAGACAUAGAGACAUAGAGAGACAGAGAGAGAGAGAGAGAUAGAGACAGAGAGAGACACAGAGAGAGAUAGUGAGAGAGAGAGAGAGAGAGAGAGAGAGACAGAGACAGAGAGACAGAGAGAGAGAGAGAGAGAGAGAGAGAGAGAGAGAGAGAGAGAGAGAGAGAUAGAGAGAGAGACAGAGAGACAGAGAGAGACACAGAGAGAGAUAGAUUGAGAGAGAGGAGAGAGAGAGAGAGAGAAAGAGAGAGAGAUCGAGAGAGAGAGAGAGAGAUCGAGAGAGAGAGAGAUGCUAGCCACAUCUCUGCUAGUAGUGCCAGAUUAGGAUGCCAAUAUUCCGGAAGCUUUCCUAACAUUUUAUUUUCUUCUGAAACUGGAAAUCUACAAACCAGGAUUGUUUUCUAUGUCAGUGGGAGGAGCAUAUAGUUUGUUUUCUAUGUCAGUGGGAGGAGCAUGUGGAUUGUUUCCAGAAAUCAUAUCAGAUUAUGUAAAUCCCCCCCAACAAUGAAGCAGCUACAAAUCCUCCUCUUAACAUCAUCCUGAACAAGGCUUUUCCUGAAACUGAACCUGACUAUUAGAUAUGAUGGCACUUUUAAAACAUUCUAAUCCGGUCCUAGGCCGGGGUUCCACAUUCUGAUCCGGUCCUAGGCCGGGGUUCCACAUUCUGAUCCGGUCCUAGGCCGGGGUUCCACAUUCUGAUCCGGUCCUAGGCCGGGGUUCCACAUUCUGAUCCGGUCCUAGGCCCGGGAUUCCACAUUCUGAUCCGGUCCUAGGCCCGGGAUUCCACAUUGUGAUCCGGUCCUAGGCCGGGAUUCCACAUUCUGAUCCGGUCCUAGGCCGGGGUUCCACAUUCUGAUCCGGUCCUAGGCCCGGGAUUCCACAUUCUGAUCCGGUCCUAGGCCGGGGUUCCACAUUCUGAUCCGGUCCUAGGCCGGGGUUCCACAUUCUGAUCCGGUCCUAGGCCGGGGUUCCACAUUCUGAUCCGGUCCUAGGCCGGGGUUCCACAUUCUGAUCCGGUCCUAGGCCCGGGAUUCCACAUUCUGAUCCGGUCCUAGGCCGGGAUUCCACAUUCUGAUCCGGUCCUAGGCCGGGGUUCCACAUUCUGAUCCGGUCCUAGGCCGGGGUUCCACAUUCUGAUCCGGUCCUAGGCCGGGGUUCCACAUUCUGAUCCGGUCCUAGGCCCGGGAUUCCACAUUCUGAUCCGGUUCUAGGCCGUGGGUCCACAUUCUGAUCCGGUCCUAGGCCGGGGUUCCACAUUCUGAUCCGGUCCUAGGCCGGGGUUCCACAUUCUGAUCCGGUCCUAGGCCGAGGUUCCACAUUCUGAUCCGGUCCUAGGCCGGGGUUCCACAUUCUGAUCCGGUCCUAGGCCGGGGUUCCACAUUCUGAUCCGGUCCUAGGCCGGGGUUCCACAUUCUGAUCCGGUCCUAGGCCGGGGUUCCACAUUCUGAUCCGGUCCUAGGCCGGGGUUCCACAUUCUGAUCCGGUCCUAGGCCGGGGUUCCACAUUCUGAUCCGGUCCUAGGCCCGGGGUUCCACAUUCUGAUCCGGUCCUAGGCCUGGGAUUCCACAUUCUGAUCCGGUCCUAGGCCCGGGAUUCCACAUUCUGAUCCGGUCCUAGGCCCGGGAUUCCACAUUGUGAUCCGGUCCUAGGCCGGGAUUCCACAUUCUGAUCCGGUCCUAGGCCGGGGUUCCACAUUCUGAUCCGGUCCUAGGCCCGGGGUUCCACAUUCUGAUCCGGUCCUAGGCCGGGGUUCCACAUUCUGAUCCGGUCCUAGGCCGGGGUUCCACAUUCUGAUCCGGUCCUAGGCCGGGGUUCCACAUUCUGAUCCGGUCCUAGGCCGGGGUUCCACAUUCUGAUCCGGUCCUAGGCCCGGGAUUCCACAUUCUGAUCCGGUCCUAGGCCCUGGAUUCCACAUUCUGAUCCGGUCCUAGGCCCGGGAUUCCACAUUCUGAUCCGGUCCUAGGCCCGGGAUUCCACAUUCUGAUCCGGUCCUAGGCCGGGGUUUAAUCAAACGCGCACUGCGCUUGACUUUAAAAGCUCAUUUUGACUUUAAAAACUCAUCCACAGCGUUCGUCAUGAAUGCACUCUGCACACUUUGUGGAAAUUGACUUCAGAAGGUGCAUCGUCAACAGUGCAGUGCGUUUAGCACCAUCCCCUAGCCUUGUAACUAGCCGUUGUCUUCUGCUUCCAGCUCAAUGACUGUAACCUUUUUCCCCUCCUGAAGUGAAAUCUACAUGUCUGUUACAUGUACAAUAAUGCCUUAAUAUUGUUUCUUACAAAAAAAGUGUGUCUAUUUAACAUGGAUAGUAACUAAAUAAUGACAAUGAAUAAAAGUAGUGAUGCCUUCUGUUAUAUUUAAAUUGUACUGUGAUAUAUAGACCAGGGGUGUCAAACAUACAGCCCAUGGGUGGUUUGACUAAAUGUAUUUUAUACAAGUUUGAAAUAAAAAAUAAAAAAUUGUGGGGUGUGGGGCGGGGGGCGGGGGGGGACUCAAUACACUUUAAAACGACUGAAACCAAAUCAAAACAAUGUAGAAAUUAUAAUGGAUCUACAUCCAAAGUAUGUCCAGCUUGCUAAUAGUCACCUAAAUGAAAGCUAGACAUUCGGGGAGUAUCGUAAAAUUCCAAAAACGACAGAUAGGGGAAAUGUUUUGCAUUUUGACGGCAAGGAAAUAUCACCAAUUCUCAGUGCGGCCCUUCAGACCUCGUUAAAGAUGCAGCCUCCGUGGCAAAGUGAGUUUGACAGCCCUGAUAUAGACUAUAAAUAAAAUAUGGUAAGCAG